CUGACGGGAACGGGACGAGACCAAGGAAACCAAAUGACGUUGAAAGACGCUGCAGUAAUUUCGCUUCAUGCUGUUUCAGUUGAUGUGGUCGAAAUGGCUAUUAUGGUGAUGCAAAUGGGAGCUCACAGUGACCCUGUCCCUGCGAGGUGUCUGGAUUUCGUGACGUGUUGUGUGGCACAAUUGUGUUCAGAGUGCGGUUCUGAAGGAAGAUGCGAUAGCGCCACCGGAGAUGUGAAUGCGGGACGAGGCAAGCACAACGUGAUAUGGUGCAACGAAGCGAUUAAUAACUGCUUUCUUUGUGGCCUGCAUGAACCAACGGACAUCGCGGAGUUGAGUAAUGACAACUGCUGCUAGGCCAACGUUCGAGCCUGCGAGAGGCGGAACAGGUCGCAAUGAGAAAGAUUUGGGAGCUCUGUCAAAACAGUAUUCAAGCAGGGACCUUCCAGGGCAUACGAAGUUAAAAUACCGACAACCAGGACAAGGAACUAGCGACGAGCUGAAAUCUAAAGAUUUCCGCCGUGAACUCGAAGAACGUGAGCGAGUUGUGUCAUACGAACGAGAUGGGAAGAAAACCAGCAGAGAUACAUCGUCAUCGUCGAAAAGGCCACGAAUUGACCAACUUCCAGCAGCUAAUUUGGAUGCAGAUGAUCCACUUGAGGAGGACGACGAUAGUGCAGACAGUGAUGAGGACGACACUGCAGAGCUCAUGGCUGAACUGAAUAGAAUUAAGAAGGAACGAGCACAAGAGGAAGCAAAACGGGAAGCAGAACGAAAACUCCAGGAAGAGAAGAUUCGAAUGGAAAAUAUCUUGAGCGGAAACCCUCUGCUGACGGGAGGUAAAGGCGAGUUCAAAGUGAAGCGACGUUGGGACGAUGACGUCGUCUUCAAGAAUUGUGCAAAGGGGGAAAGGGAUCCACAGGAGAAACAUUUCAUAAAUGACACACUGCGAUCGGAGUUUCACAAAAAGUUUAUGGAAAAGUACGUCAAGUGAUGUUCCUGCUACUUUUUUUGGACUGUUGGUCGUCGAUUAUUUCUCUGUAUAGAUUGCAACAACUUCUUUUUAACAUGUUCAUUGAAGCUCGAAGUUCACCCUGUUGUUCAUCCUGCGACAUGUCAAACUAUAAAUGUGUAAUAAUAAAAUGGAAAACAUUUCGA